GAACGGAGAUGUUUAUGUUUGCCGAAUCGGCUGCAAAAAAAAUGGCACAGCGCGCACGGGAGGCACACAAUACAGAGGCUAUUAUUAUACAUUUUGGAGAAAUUCGGUGAUAAUUUUCGAGGGUUGGUGGUUGGAAUUUGAUUGGAAUGAAAUAUUGAGUCAAGUUUUUUUGGAGGUUCUUCCGCUGUCUGUUUAUCUACUUUAUCAGACUAACCGGGCGCCAUGUCCAGCCCGGCCGGUGACGAGGGCCGCCAGCUGUUUGAGCGCGCCGCCGAGCUGGCGUCACGCGCCGUGGCGUUUGACCGGUCGGGUCACCAGGAGGCGGCUGUCUACCACUACGUGCAGGCGGCCGGAGCGCUGCUCGAGGCGCGCAAAACGGGCGCCACCAUCGCCCACCUGGAGAAGCGCGCCAACGACUACCUGUCGCGUGCCGAACAGCUCUCCGAAAAGGCGGCGAAGGCAGCGCCGGUGCACGCGCCGGCGGCCGACGGGCGGGCCGAGAUGGAGCGCGUCUUCUUCCUGAUGUCGCAGGCACUGGACGAGGACGAGGCGGGCAACGCCAGGGAGGCGCUGCAACUCUACGGACAGGCCGUGGAGCUCUGUCUCGAGGCGAACAAGAAGUUCCCGAGUGCGCGGUUCACGGAGGCGGCUGAGCAGGCGCUCGGUCGGGCGGAGCGGCUCAAGGCCAGCCUGGGCGCCUCGCUGGAGUCGCUGCCGCCGCCGCUGCCGGAGCUGGACGAUCUACCGGAGCUGGAGCUGGAGGAACCGUCAGCACCGCCCGCCGAGACGCCGCCGCCGCCGGCCGGCCGCGCCAGCGGCGGCGGUGGAACCGCCCGGUCGCCGGCCAGGUCACCGAGGAACGACAAGGCGCCGCUGCACCGCGGGUUCAGCUCUGGUCUGCUGGUGUCCGGCUCGGACGCCUACACCAAGGACGAGCUGCGCGUGCUGGCCGCCACCUCCCGCAUCAACGACAACGUCUACGUGCCGUUCAUGGCUGCCGACCUGCGCGAGCGGUUCGCCUCGCCGCUGCCUUUCACCGACCGGGCCGGGCCGCUGGCGCUGUCACCCAAACAGCGGCGGGACUUCAGCCGCUGGGCCCGGCCCGAGGAGCUCUCCGACCAGCCGUGCAUGAUCCAGAAAAUCGACUGUUUCUCCAUCAAGCAGACGUGCAUCUCGGACUGUUCGUUCGUGGCGUCUCUGGCCGUGAGCGCACUCUACGAGAAGCGCUUCAACAAGCCGCUCAUCACCAGUAUCAUCUACCCGAGAAACAGAAACAACCAGCCGGUGUACAACCCGUGCGGCAAGUACAUGGUGCGUCUGCACAUUAACGGCGUGCCGCGGAAGGUGGUGAUUGACGACCAGUUGCCGGUGGACCGGCACGGUCGGCUGCUCUGUUCCUACUCCGCCGACCGCAGAGAGCUGUGGGUGUCACUACUGGAGAAGGCCUACAUGAAGGUCAUGGGAGGGUACGACUUCCCCGGCUCCAAUAGUAACAUCGACCUGUACGCGCUGACGGGCUGGAUUCCGGAGCGGCAGUCGAUCCGGCCCGGUGACCCCGAGUUCAACGCCGACGCCCUGUUCCGGCGGCUGCACGACUGCCACCAGAAGGGACAGGUCUUGAUCACGGUGGCCACGGGUGAGAUGUCGGAACAGGCGGCCGACCGGGCCGGCCUGGUGCCCACCCACGCCUACGCGGUACUCGACAUCCGGGAGGUGCAGGGCCAGCGGCUGUUGCUGCUCAAGAACCCGUGGUCGCACCUGCGCUGGAAGGGCAACUUCUCCGAGAUGGAUCAGCGCCACUGGACGCCCUCGCUGCGGUCGGCGCUCUCCUACGACCCCCAGUCGGCGCAGCAGUUCGACAACGGCGUGUUCUGGAUCGACUACGAGAGUCUGUGCCGGUUCUUUGAUGUGUUCUACAUGAGCUGGAACCCGCAGCUGUUCUCGCAUACCUUCUGCCACCAUCAGACGUGGCUGGCGGGCCAGGGUCCGAUCCGAGACAUGUACAACAUCGGAGAGAACCCCCAGUACCGGCUCGAGGUGCGCGGUCCGACCGUGGUCUGGGUGCUGCUCAGUCGACACAUAACCGAAAUCGAGGACUUUCGCAACAACAAGGAGUACAUCACCGUGGCCGUGUAUCGCACCGACGGCUCCCGCGUCUACUACCCUAACGACCCCGAGCCUUACAUGGACGGUGUGCGCAUCAACUCGCCUCACUACCUGUGCAAGCUGACGCUCAAGGAGCCGGGCAACUACACCUUUACGUUCGUGAUCGCCCAGUACGAGAAGCUGAACACGAUCCACUACACCUUGCGGGCCUACAGCGCCAGCUCGUUCUCGCUGAGGAAGCUCGGAUGGCUCCCGACGCAGCACUCGGUGACCGGCGAAUGGAAGGGCGUGACGGCCGGCGGGUGCACCAACCACCCCCAGACGUACCCCAACAACCCGAUCUACCAGCUGCAGCUGGCUGGCCCGGGCGCCGCCAACAUCACACUGCAGCUGAAGGGGCCGCGCGUCUACCAGAUAGGUAUGGACGUGACCUGUGUGGAGGCCGCCUCGGACGCGCCCGGCUACUUCCGACGGCGCAGCUCCGGUGCCUAUCGGUCCGGGUUUGUGGUACUGGCACUCGAGAAUGUGCCACGGGGCGUGUACAACAUCGUGCCGAGCACCUACCUGCCCGGCCAGGAGGGGCCCUUCAUCCUCAGUCUGCUGGCAGCCGAACCGGCCAAACUGGUUAGAAUCAAAUAGUGGACCAAAGUUACAUCGAACCAGUCUCCUGACUCGGACUGGAGAUGUUGGUUCUGGGGGGGGGGGGGGGGGGCUAUUAAUUUGUGAUAACGAGUGCAGAAUGUGGUCUACGCUGGUCCUUACAGAAUGACUGAGAGUGAGUUGUGGAAUGAGGAGAGUGGGACGGUGCAAGUGCACGAGGUAGGGGUCGGGCGAUGGCUUCCCCGCUGUCGAGGCGAGGGCCGUGGAUGGAGCCCGAGUGGAAUAACGUUUUGGUAUGUGUGUGUGUGUCCAUCUGCGUCUCAUGCUGGGUGCCGCGCAGUGCACAACGUACAAAGGAUCUAACUGCCAGGAAUCUAACUUCCAUUCAGCUUGGUGCGGUUCACGCUCUGGCAAUUCCUUGCCAGGAACGCUUUACUAGGUACUUAUUAACUCUAGCCAGUAAUUAUUGUAACAUCCUUUCGCUCAAGGUGCUCUCUUCUUGCGAAUUCAUUCGCACGAAAACAACUAACGGGCGAUAUUCACCGUACGGUCGGGAGCCAAAGUUUCAGCCAGUGAAGUAGCUCGCUCGGUGGCAGCGAAUGCAGUGACUCUCGUGCUGUUGUUCGCCGACGCACCUGUGAUACGGAGCGCCCGGGACAGCGUCAUGAGGUGAUGAUGUGCGGUUUGUGGGGGGGGGGGGACGUCUCUCCCUGCCAGAGAUAGUCUCAGAUGUGAUGGAGUGCGGCGGCAUACUACAAAUGCCUGGCUGUCGAUCGUCCCAGCAGUGCGCAGCUGCUCCGUAGGAUCAUUUAUCAGAGUGGGCGCCAGCCAAUCCUUGAGACGUGUAAUUGUGGAAUACGUUUCACGGGCAAUCGCAACAUUUUGCAGCAUGCGUGUGCAAAAUGUGUUACUACGAAAUUUUAUCAGUUGGGCUGGCAUGAGAACUAACUGUGACAGUGUUUUGCUUUGUGACGAAAUAAUGUGAUACUGAUAUUGAACGAUUGCAUGUAUCGUUAAUCUGCCGAAUGCAUUGCGAGUGUUAUUAUGUAAGCUUCGAAUGAUGACAUUUGUGAUAGUGCUUUAAACACGAUGGGGUGCUUGGUUGCUUUUCAAUCGAUUCAAAUAUAUACAUUUUGAAGCAAA